AAAAGUGAAAAAUGGCGACUGAAGGAGUUUGAAGUUUAGCGCCACGAAGACCGAGACAGAGGGACAGAGACAGAGGGACAGAGACAGACGGAGGGGACAGGACGGAGACACAGGGACAGUGAAGACAGUGAAGACACUUUAGUGUCCCGUCUGUCCCGAUACAGUCCAGCCCGUGUGUCGGAUCAGCAGCCGCCUGUCUGUGUCUCGGAGGACACAGAGGACGAUGUUUGACGACCUGACUGACGCUUUCUGUAGUCUGGAGCCUCAGGUGUCUCCGGGAGGCGGAGCAUGUCGGAGGGGGACGGGCCUGGAGGAAGGAGAGGGGGCGGAGUCCAGCCUGAGUGUUGGACAGUUCGUCCUCUGUCAUUGGUCAGAUGGACUGUACUACCUGGGCAAGAUACAGAGGGUGAGCCCGCCCAGACAGAGCUGCUUUGUCACGUUUGAGGACAACUCCAAGUUCUGGGUCCUCUGGAAGGACAUCCAGCAUGCUGGAGUGCCGGGGGAGGAGCCUCGCUGCUCAGUGUGCAGGGAGGCGGAGCCAAACUCUGACAGCCAAUCAAACCAAAACAACCAGAUCCUGAUCUGUGGGAAGUGUGGCAUCGGUUUCCACCAGCAGUGCCAUGUCCCUCCUGUAGAGGGCAGUGUCGGUCUCAGUCCCUGGUUCUGUAGACGUUGUGUCUUCGCUCUGGCUGUCCGGAAAGGGGGCGCUCUAAAGAAAGGACCUAUAGCCAAAGCUCUGUCAGCCAUGAAGCAGGUGUUGCUGUACGACCUGGACUCUCUGGACUGGGACUCUCAGCACCGGACCAAUCAGCAGCAGUGUUUCUGUUACUGCGGAGGCCCUGGAGAGUGGUACCUGAAGAUGCUGCAGUGCUUCAGGUGUCAGCAGUGGUUCCAUGAGGCCUGUACCCAGUGUCUGCAGGAGUCCAUGAUGUUUGGAGACAGGUUCUACCUCUUCCUGUGUGCGGUGUGUAAUAAAGGAUCAGAGUAUGUCCGCCGUCUGUCUCUGAGGUGGGUAGAUGUGGUCCACCUGGUCCUCUACAACCUGUCUGUCAGCAGCAAGAAGAAAUACUUUGAGCUGGACGAGAUCCUGGCCUUCGUCUCCGCUAACUGGGAACAUCUACAGCUGGGGAAGCUGUCAAACACUCCUCUGACAGAGAGGGGGCAGCACCUGCUGGACGCUCUCAAUAAAUACAAGAGCAAGUUUCUGUGUGGGAAGGAGAUAAAGAAGAGGAAGUGCAUCUUUCGUCUGAGGACCAGAGUCCCUCCCAACCCCCCUUCGAAACUCUUUCCUGAGCGUGCUCAGAACGAUGGAGGGCAGGGCCGUAAGAAAGGCGUGGUCAGGACCAGUGCGUUAGCUGAGAGGAGGAAGAGGAAGUCUAAGUGGCUGCUAGAAGACGCCAUCCCUAAUAAUGAGCUGUCCUGCAGUUGGACGUCCAACCAUCAUAUGGCCAACAUCUUCGACUUCACCCUGGACGAACUGCAGAGUCUCAAGAGCAGCUCCAGUAGAACUGUCAGUAUUGAUCAGGACUCUACUGAUGCUUCCACCUCUGGAUCUGCUACAACCAGCGCCUCCUACCACUUCAGGAGGAGGGUGGGCAGUAGGAAAAGGAAGUUACCUAGCAACAGCUACAGCCAGUGGGCCAAUCGCAGCGAGGUGGGGGAGGAGCUUGGAGGCGAGGAGCCCUCUGGGAUGCUGGAGGACCAAGAAGCUACGAACCACCUGACAUCAGACCCCUCCCACUUCCUAUCUGACUCAUCCCACCUCCACUCCUCCAUCUCCUCGUAUUUCGGAGUGGCGGGCAGACUGACCAACGGGGAGAGGUACCAGGUGUUGGCUCGCCGCGUCACUCCUCAGGGGACGGUCCAGUACCUGCUGGAGUGGGAGGGGACAACACCUUAUUAGUACAGAGUCUCAGGUCACAUGUGAUGCUUUGACUCCUCUUCCUCCUGAGCCUGCCUCAGUCAGCUGGCUGCUGAUUGGUCCACAUCACAUAUCUGACCUGUCAUCUGAUAGAUCACCUGUUCAGAUUUUAAUCUAAGUUAUUUUUAUUUUCUCAAAAACAUAAACACAGAUAAUCCAUCCUGUUUUUAAUGUCAGUCUACUCACAACUUCCUGUUAGUGUCAGACCCCAAACCUGGUCCACAGUCAGUGUACUCAAUCUGAGACAGUAAUCCACAUGUCCCCACAAACCUGUGUCAGGCACAUGUCCCCACAACCCCAAAUGUCCCCACAAACCUCUAUCAGAUGUGUGUCCUCACUGAGGCUAGUUUGGAUGAAGGAGGAAUCAAAGCAGACCGUGAGCCUGUUAAAUCAGUGUUAGACAAGAACGAACAAAAAGUUGAAGUUCAGCCAAAGACCGAGUGCACACAAACACACACACACACACACACACUAAGACACACACACUCACACACACUCACACACAGUCAGUAGUGUUCUGGAUGUUCUGCAGAUGUUUGUGUCUCUGCUGUUUAGAACCAAACACAUUUCUUUCCUUCAUCCUCUUCUUCGUCUUCUUCCUCUUCCUCUCUGACAUGUGAGACAGUCAGAGGCUCCUGUAGCUCCACCCAUCCCCCCGGCUGUCAGACAGCUCUGCCCUGCUGGACGGACAGAUGGACAUGUGUGUCAUGUUUGAAGCACCUGAACAGAAGAAGCACUUCACACCUCUGAUCUGUUUCAUCACCUUUUGUGACAUCACUGAGUGGGUGUGGCCUUUCUGUGGUGACGGUGACAUCACACUCGUUAAUAUGAGUUAAUAUCAGACUUCAGCAGUUCACACAGGUGAGGAGGGGGAGGAGCCUGAGUGACCUCUGAAGUUUCAAACUUCCUGUUUGACUGUUUGUGAUAUUUAAUCACGUGAAGAACGACAGGAAAAACUGCAACUGGCCUCCACCUCCCAGAAUUCAGUGUGUUUCCUGUCAGCUGUCCUCUUGCACUAUCGUCACGGUGACUAUCUAUGCAAACACCUGAUCACAGUGAUUGAUCUGUGAAACUAAAAUAAUAAAUGUUAGUGACAUCAAAGGUUAGCUUGAAGCUAACAUAGCCCAAUGGUUUGAAUGAGGAAUGCUAAUAUUGCUAACAGUCUCUGAGACGUUAAACUUUCACUCUGUCACUUUAAACGUGCAGCUCCUCCUCGCUGCCAUGGUAACCGUGCUCCACUCCCAUUGGCCUGUUCAACGGUUGUUUUCAUCAUGUGACUUUGUUCUUUUUUUCUGUUCAGCUGACCAAUCAGCUGCCAGCUUUCUUUGGAAUAAAAAAAACCUCGUUUGA